CUUUUUCUUUCUCGAAAAUUUUUUCUCAACUCUUCAAAGUCUCUCCUUCUUUCGCAUCUCCUCCGAGCGGACUCAUCGCCGUAAAUCGGAGACGAUCUGACCUCCGUGGCCGUUCUGUCAUCACCUCUUUAUCUCUUCCUUUCUCGUUUCUUUUAUAACCCGUUUAAUCUCUCUGAUUUCUUGGGUUUUCCUGAUUUCCAUUCUCAUUUCUUUUGUUCGCCGAUUGUUAGUCAGAAUCGACGAAAUGGCUUUGAAAAGGUAAUAAGCUAGAGGAGCAUCACUAUGAUAGGUUUCGAUGUGAAAUAAGAGUAUGUGUAAACGAAGAGGACUCAAACGCUACUGAAUAUUCAAGCUCGUUUUCUGACACUGCAUCUGAAUGGGAAUGGAUUUGUCAUCGACGGUCUUCAAAUCAGCCUGCGAGGUGAUAUAGAGAGAGAACAACACGUUUUGCAUUUAAUGGGAAGAUGGACUUGUCCUCAACAGGCUUCAAACACUCAACAUUUAAAGGUCAGUCACUUCAUUUCUCUAUUUGCUUGUUAAAUGGUUGUUAGCUGUAAAUGGUUGGUAGGUUUAGGAGUUAUAAUUGGUAUGGGGGUUGUUUUCAAUGCUUGGUAGGUUUAGUAGUUAAAGCUAUUGUGAAUAAAUGUUUUGCAUUGAAUCUCGAAGACCCUUUUAACCAUAAACGCUUACGUAAACUUCUAACAAAUACUUAAACUUUCUAAAAAACUUAAAACUUCCAACAUACAAACUUUCAAACUUCUAAACUUCAAACUUUCAAACGUACUUAAGCUUUCUGAACUUCCUCAACCUCUAAAUGGAUUCUCCUAAUCCAUUUACAACCUCUCAGGGGUUUGUAAAUUUACUAACUAGCCAAGAAGAAACACCAUAUAGUUUUCCCCAAACUAUAAACCUUGGAUCAUCUGAACUACCUUGGUUCAGUAGCCAAGGUUCGGAUGAUCCAAGUGCACAUGUUGAAGACCGUAAGCAGAAAAGGCCGUGGACAGCAAAGGAGGAUGUGGUGCUCAUUUCAGCUUGGUUGAAUACCAGCAAAGACCCUGUGGUCUCCAAUGAGCAAAAGUUUGGGUCUUUUUGGAAGAGGAUAAAGGCUUACUUCAACUCAAGUCUCGAACUCAGUGGUCCAGAAGCCAGAGGGGCGAGUCAAUGCAAACAAAGAUGGGGGAGGCUGAACGAUCAAGUUUGUAAGUUCGUCGGUUGUUAUGAAGCCGCCGUUAAGGAUCAGAGAAGCGGACAAAAUGAAACCGAUGUGAUGAAGGCUGCACACGAGAUCUUCUACAACGAUUACCAAGUGAAGUUCACACUAGAACACGCCUGGAGAGAGUUGCGUUAUGACCAGAAAUGGUGCUCAAAGGUUUCAAGCAAGAGAAGAAAGACGGAUGAGUGUGUUGGUCAUUCAGCAAGCUGCCAAGAGAAAGUCGUGUUAGAAGAUGAAUCAGAGACACGUCCGAUUGGAGUUAAGGCUGCAAAAGCUGCAGCUAAAGUUAAGAAGAGUGCAUCAACCACAAAAGCUGAGCUAGAAGCCGAGAAAGCUCUUACGCAUCUAUAGAAUGUGUGGGAAAUCAAUUAACAAAAUAUGGAAAUCAAGAAACAAAAUAUGGAAAUGAAGGACAAGCUCUCAAACAAGAAGCUGCUUGAAAAUCUACUUGCUAAAUCCGAGCCAUUGACUGAAAAAGAACUGAAACUUAAAGACAAGCUAAUCAAUGAUAUUUUGUCAUAAUUAUUCAAUCGGAAAGUGUAAUAAGUACUUUAUGUUUAGUUGUGUUGAAGUUUGGUGUGUUUAAGAACUAUGGUGGUGUCUAAGUUUUCUGUUUGUGUAAUAAGUACUUUGUGUUUAUGUUUGUUAAUGCAUUUGGUUGCUUAAUGUCUUCUCGUAAAUAGUUUUGAAUAUCUUUUGCUUAAUGCCUUUGUCAAUUUUAUGUGUUUUGAAUAUCUUUUGCUUUUGAUGGUAUCUUUCACUUUGUGGUUGUAGGUCACGGGUUUGGAGGCACAAAGAGAGGAUAAUGGCUGACUCACAUUCACGUGUAAAAGCUGGUUCUGAUUUGUCGUUUGCUCUGUUUUGUAAUAGUAUAUGGCUGACUCAAAUUACUUGGUUUGAAUUUGUUGUGAAAGUCACUAUUUUCUACACCACAUAUUGGGGUCACGGAUACAAUGUACCACAUGUCUUGUAAUUAUUUCCAAACUUUCUUCUAUAUAUACAAGUUUAGACGC